AUGAGCAGUACAGCCACGAUUAUUCUCUCCGCCGCGAGUUCGGCCGGCGGCAGCGAUGACGACGACGUCGAGUGCCGCACCUGCUACGGCGUCGUCGUGGCCUGCGUGUCGAUGCUCCUGUUCUGCGUUCUCGCGGCCACCACCGGCGUUGUUAAGGCCAGCGCCGUCACCGGCUUCACCGUGGUGCUCUUUGGCAUAGUCGGCUGGCUGAUACCCUACGGCGGCGCCACGGCCACCGGGGGAGACGCCAUGGGCGCCGCGCGGCGAGCUACUCAUAACGACACAGGCGCCAGGGUCAUGAUGGCGCUUCGGCGGGUCGGCUACUCCUGCCCGCUCGGUGGCGCGGCUUCCAGCUACGUCCCGCCAGCCUUUGCGUACGAGUGUCCCGCCGAUGCCGACGGCAGCGGCAAGUCUGCGGGCAGCGCGCUGUGCGCGGUGUGCCUGGAGGACGUGCAGCGCGGGGAGACGGUCCGGCGGAUGCCCGCGUGUGGGCACCUGUUCCAUAAGGACUGCAUCGACAUGUGGCUGCACUCGCACACGACGUGCCCGCUGUGCAGGUGUGACCUCUCGCCGCGGUGGCGUACCACGAAAACCAUCGCGACGACGGUAGCGGCGCAGUCGUCGGCUGACGCGCUGCCGCCGGUUUAG